UCUCAUAGAAAUAGGAAUUAGAGAAUUAAUGCCUUAAGCAAUACAUCCACCUGGAAUUCUUAGGUGAGGAUUGUAAUGUAUGCUAGAUAUGGUUGAGCUGGUUUAUUUAUUCGGAAUUACUAAGUCGUUAAACUUGGGUUGUUGUUUUUUUCUGAUAUAUAUUCACUUUACUACCUGAAACAUGAAGCUGCUGCUGAUCUGAUAAAAGGCAAGUCGACAUCCUGUAACCGUAUUGGAGAACAAAUACAUAAUUCAUGCGUCUGUUUGACAACGUCGCCACAAACGACAUUCAUAAAGCCAAGAAAGAAUUUCAAAAAUCAUCUCAACCGUCGCAGACUUGCUGCAGGUUUGCAUGCCGGGACUAACGACUGCAACUGUACAUAAAUAGAAAUUGACCCUGUGACCUCUUCCUUACCAGUAACGUGAAACACCGCCUCAAGUGUAGCGGCAGGUGCUGGUCGUCGUACUGAAAAGGAGGAAAAACGUAUGUCUGAAACAUCCAAACGGCCACAACAAAUCUCAAACCGGAGCCUUGAUUGAUUAGAUUCUUAUCUCAUUCCUGUCCCAUGUGUAUGGCGAGCACUGAUAAUCUUCAGCAUGUCCACUUCACACAUGCACAGGGCCGCCAUUGUGGAGCUUGGCCUUGGUGACUGAAGCACCAUUACCUCUCAAAUCUAAUCAGAUUCCCUUAAGUGGAUAACAAGCGUGUCUCCGGCAUUUACAGUAGUGAGAAGGCCAAAGUGAAACCAGGACAAUCUGCUGUCACACAAAGCAGAUGUGGUGUGUCGCAGUCAUGGCAUCCUUCUUGCCAUCUGCAGUGGAAAAAAAAAAAAAAAAAAUGUUGAUUGGCUAACAACUGGCAUCUUGUUUGGCCUGGAGAAGUCAGAUAAGAGCUCUCAGUCAGGACUAACAAGUUGAGUAUUGUGGUGAGUCUCUUCUUAGUUAGGUGGAUGAGUGGUGAAUAAGGCCAGCUAGUCUAGCUGACAUGAGGAAUUCAAUGCUGAGUUUUGGACCAAAAUGCAAAGUGGCUGCAACGAAACAAUAUUUCUUGAAAAUUUGUAAAAAAAAAAAAAAAAAAAAAAGCUCUCGCAAAAUGACACCUGUCACCUGCUCUCAGGUCUGUUCGCGUCAGGUUUAAUACGGGAUCGUUUGAGAAGCAGAUAUUUUCGCUGUCACGUUUCACUUCCUCCGUCGGUGUUAGUCGACGUCGCAGAGAGUCGGCUGAAUCCACGGCUACGCCAGGACUGCAGCUUAUCAGGGUUUCUUCCAGUUCCAAUUGAUUAUCUGUGGUCAGUCACAGGAAAAAAAAGCUUCCAUUGAAGCGAAGAAAAACACUUCAGAGGAACUCUUUUGAGCAUUUGACCAGUAAAUACAAGGUAUUUAGGGGGAGAGUGAGACAAAUCUGGGCUGUAAACCACCAGACGUACAUUCAAAAAAACACUCCUUGCAUUUCUUGUAUUAACAGCUCCCCAAAAUACUCCGGAGGCCAUAAACUAAUAAGGCGAGUUACAACAGUGGACUCCUUUGUGAGCUCCAGACAAGUAAGAAAGUUACACAUUUAGGUGAGAUGCUGCCUUUCUGAAAAUAGCCCUAAUUUCACUGUGAAAAAAAAAAAAAAAAAGAGGCUGAAAAUAACUUUAUUGCAGAUAUUAUGAGAGAAACUGACAAUACUUAACUAUUUUCAUUGAAACCAGUGAAUGAAUGAAAAGGCCUGGUUAAAAAUGGCAUUAGAGGAGUUAUUUAAAACCCUCACUGGGGAACAAGGGUCAAUUGUGCUGCCACAACCCCUGGAGCAGCCCGCAGAGGACUGUGGGAGGGGACGGCCGAUUGGUCCGCCACACAGAAAGGGGCGGUCCCAGCAAAUUAGUGAUAGACGUUAAAGGCAGAUGUCCUGCGGUGAUCAAACCCCGGAUGAUCUGACAGUUUUGUGUUUGAAGUGAUUAUGAUGCUACGCAACAUAAAGGCUUACGCCCAGCUUUGGGCCUAAUUAGUUCAGUUAGGGCCCUUUAAAAAUCACUGGUCGGGGACAGCAGGAGACAAACACUGACCGAGCAGUCGUCAGGUCAACAGGGUAGCAGCAACAGCAGCAGCAGCAGCAGCAAACAACAGACCUGGAUGCCUCAAGCUGACCUGCUGCUACACCAGAAAAAAAAAAAAAAACAAUCUGAAGAUUAUCCGCUUUUCUGAGAAUGCCACACUUAAGUGACUGCAGUUACUACACAAUGCGGGAUGCGACCAGAGCUUCGAAUGUACAGAGCCACCUGGAGAGCUCAAAAUUCCACCUCCACCAAAGCCCGAACCAGCCGGUGAAGCAGUACCUGACGCUGGGCUCCAAGCUGGCCUCGUCGGCCGGCUCGGGCCACGCCGUCCCCCAUCCGCACGCCCCCAGCCAGCCGCUGGGGACCGUGCCCAUCAUGAGGAACGGACACAUGUCGGCUGUCAGCGACAGCAGCAGCCCCAACAGCCCGGUCACCCUGCUCACCAUGGCCAACCACGACGGCGAGUUUCCGAUGGAUGAAGUUAUUGAUGACCUAAUUAGUCUUGAAUCCGGCUUCAAUGAUGGAGGCCUGGAUUGCAUGGAGCCUAACAUCUUAAUGCAAAGCAAUGUGUCUCUCAGUAGCGGCAUGCUGGAUGUCUAUGGGGGCGAACAAGGUAUGAACGCCCCUAAUGAUGGAAUGAGUCCCACAUCUAACCCCACAAAGCUCACUGUAAAAAGGGAAUACACAGAACACGACACAAGGGUGAUGGCCAAAGAGCGGCAGAAAAAAGACAACCAUAACUUGAUUGAAAGGAGGCGAAGAUACAACAUCAACUACAGGAUUAAGGAGCUGGGGACGCUCAUACCAAAGUCGAAUGACCCCGACAUGAGGUGGAACAAAGGCACCAUCCUGAAGGCCUCGGUGGAGUACAUAAGGUGGCUGCAGAAGGAGCAGCAGCAUGCUCGGGAGCUGGAGAGCCGGCAGAAGAAGCUGGAGCAGGCCAACAGGAGGCUGCUACUCAGGAUCCAGGAACUUGAGAUCCAAGCACGAGCACAUGGACUCCCAAACAUGUCCGCCUUGGGGACCGUCGAACUAUCCUCCCACCUUCUGAAACAACAGCAGCAACAGCAGCAGCAGCAGCAACAGCAAUCCUCUCCCCAGGCCCAGCAGCCUCAGCAGCCGCCCCUCUAUCAGGAGGACCCCAACAGCGACUACCUCCAGAGGAUAGCCGUGGUGGCCGGCGUGCCGUCCAUCGCCACGGUCGGCGGGCCGCAGGACCACGUCGGCGGCGCCGACGCCUGCACCACGUUCUCCGACCCGCUGUCCCACUUCACAGACUUCUUCAACGCGACGCUCAAGGAGGAGCACCCGCUGGACGAGAUCCUGAUGGACGACCCGCUGUCGCCGUUCGGCGCCGAUCCGCUCCUGUCGGCCGGCUCGCCGGGGGCUGCGUCCAAGGACAGCAGCCGCAGGAGCAGCUUCAGCUCCGCCGAGGGCGACGACCUAUAAGGGCUGCCCUCGCCUGUGACAGACUCUUGUUAUCACCUCGUGACAACAGGGCUGUAAUCCCCCCCCCCCCGGUGGUAAAGGGCACACGCAGAACCUUUAAAAAGACUGAUUGACAGUGGUGGACUUAUUUAAAUGACAGCCGGCAGCCCUGACAGCACCCGUCAAAGUGCCUCCUGUAUAUAAAGUGAUCAGCUGUUAUUGACCAGGUGGCUGAUAAGAGCUCAAUUGUCUCAAAAGCUGACAUUUUCCAAAGCUCAGUGGGCCCAGAAGUGUUCCAUGAACAUCCCACCUAUUGACAAGUAUCAUGUUUCUCUGUCUUCCAGAAAGAGCAGAAACAUCCUUGUAAUAAGAAAAAAGGGAGACAUUUAUGAGUGCAUAAUGUAAAUGACUACUGUUUUUUUUAGUAAACACACUGUAAAUAUGCAAAACAACCACUGAAAACAUGUCAGAAACUGUACUUUUUUUUAAAAAAAGAUGCAAAUACUACUACUUAAGAGGAUUUCAACUGUUUGCAGACAGUUGCAUUGUAUGAUGUGCCUUAUUUCAGCAAGAUAUGAUGUGUAACGGAUCUACUCACCUCAAUGCCUAACAUGUCCUUAGCUAUGUCGUUUUAAAUGUAUUUUUAAUGUUUUUCUUGUAUUUAUAUGUUCAUUCCACAUAUUCAUAAAAAAGAUAUAUAUUAUAUACAUGUUACCUUUUCUUUUUAAUUUCUUUUUUGCUGUUUAUUUGUCAUCUUACUAAAGGUUUCACACUUGAAUUCAGGAGUCA